CACUGCUGUGUGCAGUUCCGCUAGCUGGUUAGCUGUGGAAGCUUUUACCCGCGUAACGUAGUUGUGAACUCUCGUAAUUUGAUAAAGUGUCUCCGUGAAUGUGAUUUAUGACUGCAGAUGGUAGUAUACUUUAGUUGUCUUGACCUACUCUGCAAGAUUUUAAUUUAACGUGAAAACAUAUUCCACCUAAACACAGAAUAGGCUACUACUUAUACUAGUGCAACUGCACAUUCCCAGCAAGCUAACUAGCUAACGUGUGAUGCUCUCUCUCCAAAUGCUAAUAAAAAAGGUAGUUGUAGUAAUUGGCAAUUUGAGCACUUAAUUGUACAUGGGUAAUUUGCUUCAAGCGUCUAUAGAGAGAUAAUGGAAGUUGCAAGGACCUCGCAAGGAGGGAGUCAUGUCGCAGAUACUGCAAAAAGUGGUGUCAGUCAAGAAAUCAAAACACAUUUUCGAGUCUGCCGCUUCAUCAUUGAAACUGGUGUCAAGCUGGGCAUGCGGUCUAUGCCAGUGGCCACAGCAUGCACUCUGUACCACAGGUUCUUUCGGACAGCCAGUCUAGAGGUCUACGAGCCAUACCUGGUUGCCAUGUCCGCCAUUUACCUAGCAGGUAAAGUCGAAGAACAACAUCUAAGAACACGGGACAUCAUCAAUGUCUGCUACAGAUUCUUCCAUCCUGGUAGUGAGCCCAUGGAACUGGACGGGAAGUUCUGGGAGCUGAGGGACAGUGUGGUCCAGUGUGAGCUUCUGAUCCUGCGACAGCUGAACUUUGUGGUGUCAUUUCAGCAUCCUCACAAGUAUCUGCUGCAUUACCUCGUCUCUGUGAGAAAUCUCCUAAAUCGCCACGCCUGGUCUCGUACGCCCAUAGCUGAAACGGCCUGGGCUCUGCUCAAAGACAGUUACCACGGCUCAGUGUGUGUGCGGCACCCACCCCAACACCUUGCCCUCUCUGUCCUCUACUUGACCAUCCAGAGCUAUGGAGUGGAGAUGCCCUCAGGAGAACUGGAGUGGUGGCAGGCCCUGUGUGACGACAUCAGUCGGGGAGAAAUUGAGGACAUCAUGUCAGAGCUCCUGCAGCUGUACGACAUGGAGGCCAAGUGCAUGUGAAGAAUGAGGACUGCUGAGUGCACUAGUCAUCAUGUGGAGAUCAAGAAACACAACAGUGAUAGGGUAUCACUCUGAAUGCUGUUUUUGAUGUGAAACACCUUUGACACAUUCUGUUACCCCUACUCGGGGGCAAAUUUGCCGUAAACACUGCAUCUCAGCAGCUUCUGGCGUGAAUAUGAUAUCGCUAUAAUCACAACCAGGACAUCUGUCCGUUGUGCUGAAAUUACAGGGACCUGUUUCUCACGUUUCCGCCAGUGGAACAAUGCGUAAUGGAGAGCAGCACUGCCUCUGUGUAGGAAUGGGACUCCCUCUUCCACCCACGUCAUGAGCAGAUGCACCCCCUCAGUCUCCCAGCUCCAGUGCCCCACUUUCCUCCCCCUGUACUGUGCCAUUAACUCCAUAUGAUCUAUAAUCUAUGAGAAGAGGUAUAGGGGAAGUGUGUGUGUGUGUUCCGUGUGUGGAGGGUGGCUUUUGCCUGGUGUGCAGGGGGAAAGAAAUGACCGCUUGUGUUGAUUGGAGCCGUCCUCAGCCUCGGCUGGAGACGUAAAGGUAAAAGAGACUGAAUCUGGGACAGCUCUUUGAUAGUUCAUUAUUUAAUUACACUCAGCCUACUCCCAUUAGGCAGAGUCCCUGUCGGCUCCUAUGGUUUUGUUAAGAUGUAUGACAGUGAAGUGGAGUCCUUGUGCCCUUUGGGAAUUUCACCACUGAAUUAACUGUUCCGUUCCUCCUCUAGAAGAUUGGUUGAAAUGGACCAAUACGCAGACACAUACUGUAUGAGCUUCCCUUUUGAAGUGUCUCAUGAUAAUCCCAUGGGAAACAUUUUAUAUUGUAAAACAAAUAUGGUGGAAUGACUGCAUAUUACUGCAUAUGUGAGUGAGGGACCCCUGCAUCAUGCAAAUACUGCUAAAAACAAGCAUAGUAGGUUUUAGAUAUUUAAGCUCUGUAGCCAAUCAAAUUACCUAUUCAUGCCAAGGUAUUGAUUGACUGUAACUGUUAUGGCUUGGCCCGUGCCAUUAUGUUAUUACUUUGUCUCCCAAUUAGAGAGUCAGAGACUGUAUAUGGACAUUGGAGUUCGUUUGAACACACACCGGUAACUAAAUUGUGAGGAGCAGUUUGUUGAAGUUUACAAAGAAGUUUAUUGCAUUAAAAUGGUGAACAACUUUAAAAUUGUUGCAUAAUUCAUCUCCGUGUUGCUUACUGUGUGGACCUUGGGGAAACGGUGGUUUUGCAAGACGCUGUGCUUUUCUGCAUUCCUUUCCAUUAAGAAAUGACACCUUGAGGCUCCUAUGUGCGCUGUAGGUGAGAAAACCUUAUGAAGCACUAUGUCAUUGCCAGUCAAGCUUACCUCAAAGCAUAGCACUUUUGAUAGGUGUAAUGUAAACUCAUUUGCAACACAUACUUGUCUGUUUUUUUUUAUCAUGACGGGUAGUAUUUUAUUGGUACAGUAAGUGUCAGUUGUACUUUUUGAUG